CUCCCGCGCUCCGCCCUCUCCGUCUGAAGAUCACACCCACAGCCCGUUUGCCAGCGGCGGACGGAGACCGGGCUCUCCCCCCCCCCCCGCUCUCUCUUCCUCUCCCCGCUUCGAUGUCUGCAACUUUCUCGCUCUGCACCAACUUCCUCCCGGCCAGGUUUCCGCGGACUGCGAGCCAGGCGUUCAGACGGCAACGGCAGCAGCAGGAGGCAGGCUCACUGCAGGCUGGUCUGCUCGCCCCGUCGGGGCUCGGCGAGGAGGAGACGCAGCAGCAGCGGGUGAUGGGGGCCAAGCGGCGGGGCGGCGGCGGCGGGGUGUGAAGAAGGCGGCGGCGACCCACAGCUCCCCUCCGAGGCCGCAGCAGCGAGGCGACAGCCGCGGAAACCGACGGGGCGGCCAUGAGUUCGGUGUGGAAGCGGCUCCAGCGCGUCGGCAAGCGGGCGGCCAAAUUCCACUUCGUGGCCUGUUACCAGGAGCUGGUGGUGGAGUGCACCAAGAAAUGGCAGCCCGACAAGCUGGUUGUGGUCUGGACCCGAAGGAACCGGCGGAUCUGCUCCAAGGCUCAUGGCUGGCAGCCAGGGAUCAAGAACCCCUAUAGGGGUACCGUGGUGUGGAUGGUACCCGAAAAUGUGGACAUCAUGGUGACGCUCUAUCGGGAUCCCCAUGUAGAGGAAUAUGAAGACAAAGACUGGACCUUCGUGAUUGAAAACGAAUCGAAGGGGCACCGGAAGGUCCUGGCUUCUGUGGAUGUGAACCUCAAGCGCUUUGCCAGCACCACGCCCACCCAAGUGGACCUGAAGCUGAAUCUGAAGCCGCGGUCGGUGAAGGUGGUGUCUGCCACACUGCAGCUCACCCUCUCUUGCGUCUUCCUCCGUGAAGGGAAAGCCACGGACGAGGACAUGCAAAGUCUGGCAAGCCUGAUGAGCGUCAAACCCUCCGAUAUCGCCAACCUGGAGGACUUUGCUGACAGCGAAGAGGAGUCAGAGGAAGCCCCGAAGAAGAGCCGCCAAGAGGAUAGUGCAAGCCAGGGGGCAUCGUCUAAAGGAAUUCUCCAAAACGUGUUGACGGGCUAUUUUGCAGACACUUCACGGGAUCUGAACACUCUGGCCGAGGAAGAGGAGGACCCAUCUGUUCAGAGCUCAUUGGCAACAGCUACCCCUUCCAGGAAGGAAGCUGUUGCUGAGGUUCCCAGGAGACCGUUCGGUGCUGUUCCCAGUGGCACCAUUGCCCCCUUGGACAGCCUUCCACCUGCGGCAGAGCCAGCCCCUACCAUCUCUGGGGCGGCACCCUUUGCAGUAAGUGGUGCAGAGUGUGCUGGGAGUGUGGGGCACGGAGGGGCAAGUGGUGUGUUGCCAGGAGGAGCAACUGGCGUCUCAGGAGACCCAAACACCCGGAACCAAGCUGCGGGGACUUUCUCAGAGUUGGCACAGGCAGGGGCUGAAGAAGAGAAGGAAGAGAAAGGACCCGAAGUGCUCCGGGGACAGCUGGCGCCAUUGGACGGCAUGGAAGUUAGGCCUGGCGAUAUCUGGAAACCCAGAGAGCAGGACCCUCUCCCUGUGCCACAGAGGAGGAAGAAGAGCCCCCUCAGGGGACCUCCAGGCCCAGGGCCCACAGAUUUCCCUCUCUCGCCUCCGUUGGCAGCUGAGGCCCCCCCUGUGCGGAAACGCAGGAUGGAGAAGAUGCCGCUGUCCCCAGAGUCUCCAAGCCCCUCGGCAGAGGUGGCCACACCGUGGGUGGAGGACAGCUCCAAUCCCCUCAGCGUGCCCUGUGCCCCAGAUAGCCUGCCUAGGGAAAGACUAGGCUGCAGGAGCCUGGCAGAAAGACCCUCCUCUCCCACCCAUGGUUCUGUGGUGAUGUAUUUUGCAGAAGACUCAGCCCUCGCUGAACACAGGCCCCUCCUAGUCACCGACAAUGCAGAGUCCAUGGGGUCGCCUUCGGAUGCGGCCUUCAUGGCCUUGUCUCCCCUUAUGGGGCCUCCCCCCAUGGCUGCUUUUUUUGGAGAACCAGGGACUAGCGCAGCAGGAGAUCCAUCCCUGUUAGCAGUUGCUUCUGUCUCACCUGGUGGCGGUAGCGCUGUGGUGGAGAUGGAGCAAUGGGGAGGGGGGACAUGGACUCCUGGAGAUGGCAGCCUGCCUGAGGUACCCCUGUUUGGCCCAGCAAGGAGUGUGGUGGAGGAGGAGGAGGAGGAGGGGGUUGCUUUCAAAGGAGAACUUCCUGAUGGCGAGCUGGGCUGUGCAGUGGAAAAGAUGCCCCCUUUGGAACCGGAGAGGGAGCAAAUUGAGGCUGAAACCAGCCAGGAGCCAUGUGAAGCUGUUUCUGUCGAGGAGGCUCCCAAACAGGAGGAAAGUUGGAUAGGGGACAAAACAGAGAUGGGCCGUUGCCAAGUGUCUGAAGGGCUUGAAGGCCCCAGCCCACCAAUAAGCCUUUCCCCAGAAGUGCCCCUGCAGCAGGUGGAAUUUGUGCCAGAGGAAGAUUUGGCUGGGGUGGGUGGCAGCGGCCUUCAAACCUCGCCUGAGUCACCACUGUCUCCUGCAAGGGAGGGCAGGGAAGAGGUGGCAGAGGUGAGCAUGACAGAGAUGCCCACCCCAGUCCUCACUUCCUCACCCAGUCCUGAGAGGAGUUGGGAUGUGGAUGACAAAAUGGCAGCUGCUGAGAGCAAUCUCCAAAGCCCGCCGGAAGGCUCGGUGUUUUCAGGACCAGAGGAAGGAGAGGCAGGUGAUGGGAGGAAUGCUGAGGGGAGAAGAGCUUCUGGAGGGACCUCUCAGGAGGAGGCAGCAGAAGAGGAAGCUGCUCAAGUGGAAGGUAUGGCUUCUGAGGAUGGAGAAGAGCAGUGCAAUGAAGAACGCGGCAGAGAGGAAGGGCCGGAAGGUGUUCUGGAGGCGGAGGCGGCAGCGGAGUCACACAAGCCGGAUGGGGACAUGAGGAGUGAGGCGUUGGGCCUGGAAUUUCCAGAGAGCAGUGCCCCCAGCUUAAAAGGGGCAGGGAUGGGCCAAGAAUGGCUGAAGAGCUGCAGUCCGUCAGACAGCCGAGAGGUCAAGGCAGAAAAAACAUCCAGCACAGAGGCAGAUAAUUUGCCACUGAGGAACAAAGAGCAAGUGGUAGUCUCGACUGAAGCUCCUCACCCCCCAAGUCCUCCAUCACCUCAGGGCCCUGCCUUAGCUCUCCCAGCUCCCAGCUCCCUCAAGGAGAGGAGUGCGCGGUCCAGCCAGGAAACUCUGGCACCAGUCCCCCCACCCCGUGGCACAGCAACAGACCUUGGAGCUCAAGGCGAAUCCCAGGUUGACUCCCCCACCAGCCCAUUGCUCGUGAGUUCCAGCCAAUCCUUGCUGGAGUGGUGUCAGGAAGUGACGGCAGGCUCCCGGGGUGUCCGCAUCACCAACUUCACCACGUCUUGGCGCAAUGGGCUGGCGUUCUGUGCCAUCCUGCAUCACUUCCACCCAGAGAAGAUCAAUUACGAAGCCCUGGACCCGCUUGAUAUCAAAGAGAACAAUAAACUGGCCUUUGAUGGCUUUGCCUCACUGGGGAUCUCCCGGGUGAUGGACCCUGCCGACAUGGUUUUCCUGGCUGUGCCCGACCGGCUGAUCGUCAUGACCUACCUGUGCCAAAUCCGGGCUUUUUUCACCGGGCAAGAGCUGAACGUGGUGCAGUUUGCCGCCAACAGCAACCAGACCACCUACAAGGUGGGCAAAUUCGACACAGACUCGUCUGGCUCCAUUGACCCCGCCGACUUCUACUCCCAGCACCUCCACGUUGCCGCCUCCCAGAUAGAGCAGCCCAGGGGGUCAGGCGCAGAGGACUCUGGGGUGGCAAAGGUGCCCAGCACCAUGCCAGAGGAAGGCCAGGAGCCAAAGUUGGAGGAUGCUGCCCCCGAGCAUUCUCAGAGUGAGGAGAAGGCAGAUGUUGCAAAGGAUUCUGGGAAGGCAGUUGUGACAGAGGACAAGGUGGCGGAAUCCAACAGUGCUGAGCCGCUACAGCCUGUGGAACUAGAUCGGGCACAUGAGGAGGUGAACAUGGUGGAAGCUGACAAGAAGGGAAUUGUCAAUGGCGCAGCCGUCAAGCCAGCAGACGAAGCCACACCCGAGCCCCUCAGAACUGUGGACUGUAAAGGUGAUGGUGCGAAUUCUGAUGAGAAGGCUGUGGCUGAGAGUACUGCAGACACACAGUCUCUUCCCACUAAGGCGGAGGCCUCCCAAUCUGAUGGGAACACACUUGUUAAUGGCGCUGCAGCCAUGGAACGUGGGGCCAGUUUUCAGGCCCAACUGGAUUCUAGGACUGAGGCCCCGAAGCCUGGUGAACAAGCUGUGGCUAAUGGCACUGAGGCCAGUCAAAACCCUGAACGGCAGGAAGAGGUCUCUCCCUCGAGCGACGGUGAGACUGCUGCCUCAAAGCCCCAUGGGAAGCUGCUGGCCAAUGGGGCUACUCUCGCUCAGGGUGCGGAAGCAGAGGCUUCUGGGACAGAAGCCGCAAGGCCUGAGGGGAAGCCGCCCACCAGCAAUGGGGAGAAGCUGGUUCCCCCUCCGCGGCUGAAACGGAUUGCAUCACGGGGCAGCAUUGAACGCCCCUUGCAGCGCGCUCUCUCCACAGGGAGCCAAGGCCCGGUAGCCCCCCCACGCCCCCACGCUGCCAAGUCCACCUUCGCCCAUGUGCGGGAUGCAGACCUGGUGAAGAAGCGGCGCUCACGGCUCAAAAGCGAGUCCCUGUCGAUGGAUGAAGGGGAGCCUGGUAGCCCGGUUGAGGACCCUGCCAGGCGGCUGGCCAUGGAGGAUGUUAGCGAUGGGGGCUCAAGACCCCGACCAAAAGUUCAGCGGCACCCAGGCCCUCCAACUGCUACCUCCCAGGAACUGCCCCAGGACACCAGCCUGAAGAUCAGCACCAAUGAAGAAGAGAUUCCGAGAUUCCAAGACACUAGCCAGUAUGUGGUUGCUGAACUCCGGGCUUUAGAGAAUGAACAGCGGCAAAUCGAUGGGCGGGCAGCUGUGGUGGAGAAGGACCUGCGGAGCCUUAUGGAAUCAGGUGCUGACAAACUGAGGGAGGAGGAGCUGAUCCAGGAAUGGUUCACGCUGGUGAAUAAAAAGAAUGCCCUGAUCCGACGGCAAGACCAGCUGCAGUUGCUGAUGGAAGAGCAAGACUUGGAGCGGCGAUUUGAACUCCUGAGCCGUGAGCUGAGAGCCAUGAUAGCUAUUGAAGACUGGCACAAAACAGAAGCUCAACAUCAGCGGGAGCAGCUCCUUCUGGAAGAGCUGGUGUCGCUGGUGAACCAGAGGGACGAGCUGGUGAGAGACCUGGACAUCAAAGAGAGGAUAGCCCUGGAAGAGGAUGCCCGGUUAGAACGUGGACUGCAGCAGAGACGCCACAAGCUCAGCCGCAAGGAGAAGUGCCGUGUCAGCUGAGAUGGGCCGGCGCAACUUGCCUCUUCUCCCCACACUCCCCCAUACAUGGGAUGGCAGGAGGCACAGCACACAAGAGCACUUCUGCCACUCCAAAGGCAACCCCCAGCCCUAAAUCCCCACUAGCCAUUGGGAGGGCCUCACCUGCCAUGCCACAGCCUUGCUAGAGCACGUCAUUGCCCACAGUCUUCGGGGGGGGGGGGGCAGCUGCUUGACUGCUCAUGCCAAAGAGGUGUGUGUGUGUGUGUUUGUGUUUGCUUGUUUUCCCCCACUGGGGCAAGGGAGAUCAUCCAAACUCUUCUUUCUUUCUCUUACCCUAUGCCCAUGCCCUUCCCAGAGAAGAUGCCACUUUUAAAGGGCAGUGCCCAUGUACCCUGCUUUACCUGGAGAGGGAAGAAACCAGCUUUUCAAAUUCACACUCUCCAAAU